UCUUAUUUACUGCACACAUGAUUCAAAAUGGCGGUGUAUUCAACUUUAGCAACGGCAAAAUAAUCGAGGAUGUCAAGCCCAUCCAGUGAAUCAGAUGUGUCCUCAUCAAGAAGGCCUUACACUAGGUCGCGAUCACGUGGAAAAAGACAACUGCCUUCAGUGCCAUCACAUAGUAGAAGGACUUCAGCGAGAGUGGAUAAUCUUACCUCUACUCUUCAGGAUACUACCAGGAACCUGAAGGCAGUGGAUCGGAUGCUGGAUGACUACAGGGAGGUAUCUCAGAGACAGGGGUCUGCCAUAGACAGGCUUCGAAGUGAUCUGACCAGAACUACUGAUCAGUUGAGGGAAGAAAGGUUGCGGUCAGCAACAUUGACCAGUCAACCCACACUGAGGGCAAGUGACCUUGAGGAAGGCUAUGAAGAAAGAAGAAGAGAACCAACAACUCCACUUAGAGAUUACAGGCGCUCGGUCAGUGACACAGAUUACCCAACCAGACGGAGGCGCCAGAGAGGGAGGUCUACGGUUCGAUUCCUAGACGAUGAGGAUGCAGCAGAUCACCUCCAUGAACUUCACCAGUCUCUGCGGGACAUCACUAGUGACCAGGCACGACUGGGGGAGGAUAUGAACAGGGAGAUACUCAGGAGAAACAGAAGUGAAGCAGAGAACAGGAGGGCCUUCAGUGAACUUUCACAGAGUCUGAGACAACAAAUUGCAGAACCAGUGGGCAGAAAUGUUGACAGAAAGCUGGAUGAUCUCCGCAGUGAGUUGAGAUCUGAGAGGAAAUACCUGGACAGGAGGCAAGAGGAAGUGGGGCAGAUAUCCUCUGAUCUUAAACAAGCACUGGAAGAACAAAGAAUUCUGCAAAAAAUCCAACAACAGCAGCAGCAGCAAUCUAGAAGUCCACAAAGAUUACGUUCCUCCACUUCAGAAGAAUCUCAUCUCAGGGGUCAGCUGGCCAGGGCAGAAUCACAAAAAACUCAGAUUGAAUCUGAACUCCAGGAUGUCAGACGACGUCUUGAUCAGUCAGAAGGAGGACGGAAUGCUCUUGUGCAACAGGUAGAUGAAUUGCGCACACAACUGGCAAGAGCAGAUGAAGAGCGUUCUUUCCAUAAGUCUCAGCUUGAACUGCAGCAGAGAGAAUCUGAGGAGAGAGAUAGAAGAAAAAGAAAAACAUUGGAAGAAGAAAGAGAAAGGGAGAGAAGAGAACUAGAGAGAGAGAUCCAAGACUUGAGAGGGCAGCUAAGUAGAUCCACUGGAGCAGAUGAAAUUGAUGAGCUCCGGAGAACUCUUGGCAAAAGUGAGAGACAAAGGCAGCAGUUAACAGAUCAUUUAGAGGUGCUUACCAAAGAUUUGGAGAGUAAAGACAAAAAUGCAGCCAAGCUUGUCAACCAGCUCAGGGAGGCCUCUGAGAAAAAUGACUCUCUAGAAAAACAAAAACAUCAGACUUUGAUUCAGUUAGAGGAGUCAUUAAAAAAACUGAGAGAUGUGACACAAGAUGCUGAACAGUAUCAAUCUGACCUGUGGAAAUCAGAGCAGAAACUGACUGAAAGUGAGAGAAAAAAGGAGGAACUCAAAUCUAGGGCACAGGAGAAUAUCAAAUUUAUGGCUGAGUCUCGGAUGUUAUGUAGAAUAUUUGAGAUGAAAAGCGUGAAAAUUGAAUUUGAACUCCAGGAUGUCAGACGGCGUCUUGAUCAGUCAGAAGGAGGACGGAAUGCUCUUGUGCAACAGGUAGAUGAGUUGCGCACACAACUGGCAAGAGCAGAUGAAGAGCGUUCUUUCCAUAAGUCUCAGCUUGAACUGCAACAGAGAGAAUCGGAGGAGAGAGAUAGGAGAAAAAGAAAAACAUUGGAAGAAGAAAAAGAAAGGGAGAGAAGAGAACUAGAGAGAGAGAUCCAAGACUUGAGAGGGCAGCUAAGUAGAUCCACUGGAGCAGAUGAAAUUGAUGAGCUCUGGAGAACUCUUGGCAAGAGUGAGAGACAAAGGCAGCAGUUAACAGACCAUUUAGAGGUGCUUACCAAAGAUUUGGAGAGUAAAGACAAAAAUACAGCCAAGCUUGUCAACCAGCUCAGGGAGGCCUCUGAGAAAAAUGACUCUCUAGAAAAACAAAAACAUCAGACUUUGAUUCAGUUAGAGGAGUCAUUAAAAAAACUGAGAGAUGUGACACAAGAUGCUGAACAGUAUCAAUCUGACCUGUGGAAAUCAGAGCAGAAACUGACUGAAAGUGAGAGAAAAAAGGAGGAACUCAAAUCUAGGGCACAGGAGAAUAUCAAAUUAUGGAAAGCCAAGUGUAAACGCCUCGAGAAGGAGGUAGAGCAGCAGAAAAGCAGCGCAGAACAGAUGUCAGAGAGAAAUGAGAGGCUGACCAAGGAACUGGAGGGCACCAGAUCUCAGGCUAAUACAGGGAGCAACCAGGUACAGAACCUCAGGAGGGAGAUGGCGGACAUUUUGGAAAUCAGAGCUCAGCAGGAUGAAAAAUUAAGACUGCGAGACCUAGAGGUGGAGCAGCUGAAAGGUCAGAAUCAAGAGCUGGCUCAGGAGCUAAGAGAAGCAAGGCAUGUGAUAGAUAGGUUUGAAGGUGAGCUUCAGUCUCUUCAGUCCAGGCACAGUAAGGUCAGUGAAGACAAUGCCAGGCUUGACCAACAACUGUCCUCAUCACAAGCGGCACAUAUGGUGGCACAGGAUAGAAUUCAGGAAUUACAGCAAGAAGUUAAGGAUAUUGACAGGCAGCGUAUAGAGUUGGGCACUCAGCUGGCAGAGGAAUCCACACAGAGGCAGAUGCUGGAGGAAAGACUUGCUGAGUUCCGGCACAGUGAAGCACUAGCCAGGCAAGAGAUAGACUCCUUGUCCAGGCAGAUUAGAGAGGAAAAAGAAAGUCACAUCCAUCUUGUGGAACAGCUUAAAGGUGAACUAGAAGACUGCAAGAGCAGGGAAAUGAAAACCACACAGGAUCUAAACAGGAAGAUAAAACGUGAUCAAACUGAGCAUGAGGCAGAAAUACAGGGGCUUAAGAUUUCUAUUUCUGAAGAAAAGUCCCAGGUGAAGCUAGCUAAACGACAAGAAGAAAAAUUUAAGGCAGAAUUGGAGAGACUGCAUGAGGAACUAGUGAGACUUGAAGAGGAGAAUGCCAAGGUGAAGCGCCAGUACCAGAGAGCUAAACAGGAAUAUGAAUCAAAAGCUCAGACUGCAGAUGAGGAGAGUAUAAGAGUGCGGCGACUAGAAGAAGAGUUAGUUCAGGUUAAGGAUAUCAGCAGGAAGCUUGAGAGAGAGCUAGAGGACCUCCUGCAUACCAUGAGCACAGAGCUGGACUCCCUGGUGGAUGUGGCCUCCCAGGACUGUGUAGAGAAAUACAGGGCACUUUCUCCAGUGAAGCAGUCAACAGGUGGCACCAGUGUACACAAGUGGCUGGCAGAGUGGAAAAGCAAGAUCCAAUGGCUGCGUGCAGAGAUUCGUGAUCGCAUGGAUCGAGAGCGCAAGAUGCGUAGAGAGGUGAAGGAGUCCCUUGAGACCAGCGAGGCAGACAGACGGUUUUUCACGUCUGAGAUCAGGAAACAGAGAGACGUGAUUGACAGACUGGACUCUAAAAACCAAAAUAUUGCCAAGAAAGAGAGAGAAAAGGCAGAGAUAGUGUCAGAGCUGGAGGAGAAAGUGCUGGACCUCACUGACCACUUGGAUGACCAGAGGGAAAAGGAACUUCAGACCAGAUUGGAAAUGGAAACACUGCUGGAUCAGAUGCAGGGAAUGAAGGAGUCGGACAGAGAGAGGCAAAGGAUACAUGAACGAUACGCCAGACUCCAAGGCACUCUUACCUCAUUGAGAAGUGAACUUGAUGAAAAGCCAAGCAGCUUCCAUACUAAAGAGAAGGCAGCAGCAGCUGGCACUUCUAAACCAAGGGGCAGUCCAAGACACACUGCCAAGAAAAGAGUUAGAAUAGAAACCCCUCCAACUCGUGACAUGGGUAUAAGCUCACAGCAGUACCAAAGAGACACUAGAGAACUCCUCGUUGAUGAAAGAGGAGACGGAGAAUGGUCUUCCACAAGGCAGGAUGUGAGAAAAUCCUUGCCACAGCACAGCAGAAGUAGGCGUGCUUUCUCUCCAACAAGGGAUUCUCGGGCUCAGGACCGCACACAAAUUGGGACGUCUCACCAAAGAGAUCGUUCCCCGCUUCCAGACACACCUCUCAAACAAACUGACCUCAUUUCCACUGACCUUGGUAUUAGAAAUGGGUCAAGGUCGAUGACUGGUCAAGAGGAAAGCACAAAUGCCCCAAGGUCCAAGUCCCCUCCGCCUCUUGCCUUAUCUGAUGAGGACUUCCUGAAGAAAUUUGUGCCAAAAUCUCCAAAAUUGACUGACAACGAUUUUGAAGAUUAUUUAUGAUUAUUAGAAGAUAGCAAGGAUUUUUAGCCUAAUCAAUAUCUUUUUUAUGGGUGUAUUUUGUACAAGCAUUUGUAUGCAUAUGAAUGAUACAUUUUUUAAAAAUCUUUUUAGAAUGAAGUAUAUUAUUGGUAUGUUAAUGUUGAUAUUUUACAAGAAAGUAAGAGAUAGCUAGAAGUAGAUAGAACAUACAUAAUGGCACAGUAUAAAUUAAUAAUUUCAUUCAUUCAUUAACUUAUUAUUUUUAUCAUUAUUAAUUAAUUGAUUAAAUUUUUUUCUUGUCGUUUUUUAAAGCCGUAUUCAGAUGAUUCCUGUUGCAAGUUCCAGUAGGAUAUUUGUCUUGAUUAUUUCUAUGUGGGGACUUUAACUUACAGUCACUAGUAUGUUACAUCAACCCCAAUUGAUUAACUAAUUUAUUUUAAAAUAUUUAUGCAAUUAUUAGUUUUCACAAUAUUAUGAAUAAACACUUUUCUGUUUUCAUAACAGAGCACAUGGAAGUUUCCUCAGGCAUUCCUUCAUCCAUUCUUUCUGGAAGCAACUAUUGUGUUGAUAUGUAAUUUUUUAAGAAAGGAUCUAAGAAAUUCUGGUGACUUUAAAUGGUUGUGAUAUCUUACCAUACUUAUAUAAAUUGUAAAACAUGAAAUGCAUUUUACAAAAUCAAAAGUAACUUGAUGAUCCAUCAGUUAAUUGUUGUCUUUCCCUGGUCACUAGGAUCAUGCAGUAUUACAUUAUUAGUUUUUGAAGCUUAGGUGCAUCAAUAUUUUGUAUUUUUCUACAAAUAAUCAUUUUGAUAUUGAUGAAAUAAUAAUAAAGCACGCUGUCUCAUG